UAAUAACGAUCCAUGUUUUUUUUUCCUUCGAUCUUUUAAUUUCCAUACUCGCCUAUGAAGCGUUUAGAAACCAAUAUUUUAUGAUAAAUCCUCUUCCUUUCUCUCUCCCUCUUUCCAUUUCUCUUCUCUCUCUCCUCUCUGUGUGUUUCUGUCAGAAUUAACAAAGAAAUUGCCAGCAAUUAAGGGGAAGAAGCAGCAGCUAAUCAGAAGAACUGCAAAAAAGUGAGAUUGGUUAUACAGAAAUGAAUGGUCUCUCACAUCUUGAACCAGAUUACUGUGAGUUUGUUGAAGUUGAUCCAACUGGGAGAUAUGGCAGAUACAAUGAAAUCCUUGGCAAAGGAGCUUCUAAGACAGUUUACAGAGCAUUUGAUGAAUAUGAAGGGAUAGAAGUUGCUUGGAACCAGGUCAAGCUUUAUGAUUUCCUGCAGAACCCUGAAGAUCUUGAGAGGCUCUAUUGUGAAAUCCACCUCCUCAAGACAUUGAAGCACAGAAACAUCAUGAAAUUUUACACUUCCUGGGUUGAUACUGCCAACAGAAACAUCAAUUUUGUCACUGAAAUGUUCACCUCUGGGACCCUUAAGCAGUAUAGGUUAAAGCACAAGAGAGUGAACAUUAGAGUAGUGAAGAAUUGGUGUAGGCAGAUCUUGAGAGGGCUUCUGUAUCUCCAUAGCCAUGACCCUCCUGUGAUCCAUAGAGAUCUCAAGUGUGACAACAUCUUUAUCAAUGGAAACCAAGGGGAAGUGAAGAUUGGUGACCUUGGUUUAGCUGCAAUCUUAAGGAAAUCGCACGCCGCUCACUGCGUUGUAGGGACACCAGAGUUCAUGGCUCCUGAAGUAUAUGAAGAGGCAUAUAAUGAGCUAGUUGACAUUUACUCAUUUGGGAUGUGCGUUCUGGAAAUGGUCACUUUCGAAUAUCCGUAUAGCGAAUGCACUCAUCCUGCUCAGAUCUACAAGAAAGUUGUUUCUGGUAAAAAACCAGAUGCUUUGUACAAAGUUAAAGAUCCAGAAGUACGAGAAUUUGUUGAGAAGUGCUUGGCAACUGCGUCGUUGAGGCUCUCUGCGAGGGAGCUUUUAAAUGACCGUUUUCUCCAAAUUGAUGAAUGUGAAUAUGAUUUGAGAUCACUAGAUUAUGGUAGGCAGCUAGAUGACAUGGGUCCUCUUGCAAGGCAGCCUCUAUUAGAGCUUCAUCGAAGCAACAGUUCCUUUAGUAAUGGAUACUCGAAUGAUUACGAUUUUGAUGCCCCAAAUGAGUGGACUGUUGAUAUAGAAUCAUCUGGAAUCGAACUGUUUGAGCACCAUGAGGAUGAUCAUUCUGAUGAUGUCGACAUUAGUAUUAAGGGGAAGAGAGGAGAAGACGGUGGCAUCUUUUUGAGACUUAGAAUUACAGAUAAAGAAGGUUGUGUACGCAACAUUUAUUUCCCAUUUGACACUGCGAACGAUACAGCAUUGAGUGUGGCAACUGAAAUGGUUGCAGAGUUGGAUAUCACCGAUCAGGAUGAAACCAGAAUAGCAAAUAUGAUUGAUGGGGAAAUUUCCAUGUUGGUACCCGAUUGGCAAUCAGGACCAGGACUAGAGGAAACACCCCGGUUUGCUAAUCAAAGCUUUUGUCACACUUGUGUUUCCAAUCACACCUCAAGUGGUUCCAUGACGGAGUAUCUGUCGAACCACCCUAGCGCUAAGGACUUGCAAGCUCUUCAAUGUUGUAAACAUGGUUGUCCUUCAAUGCACGGUCGUUUUGAGGAGGUUACAUACCAAGCUGACGAGUCUGAGUAUCAUGUAACAAAGGGUGAACCAAAUGAAUCAGGCCAAUCAGACUGCGUUCAAUACCAAGAAAUUUGGGGACAACAACAACAUGAAAGUCGUGAACUUAGUUUAGUAGGCUUGAGACAGAUCCAUUUAGAUGAAGAAUAUGAGAAAAUGGAUCACUUAGUCACAGUUGAAGAUGAGCAAGAUUCUAAAGUGGAAAACAAUACGGCAUCCGAGGCAAGAAAUUCCAUCAGAAACUUAUCAGGUUUACAUUCUAUUUGCAUGAGCCCGCCAAUGUACCAUGACCUCCCAGACAGUUACGAGAACGAAAUUCAGAAGGAUUUGAGAUGGUUCAAAGCAAAGCACCAGAUGGAGCUGAGGGAACUUCGAGAUGAGCAAUUAGGAAUCAUCUCAACAUCUUUGCCGAAUGCAAGUAAAGAACAAAAAAUAGACAACGGGUUCUUAUCAUCUUUGGUAUCAAACACAAUACGAGGAAUCAACAACACAGUUCUUUCGAAAUCUUGCGCUUAUGAUCACCAACACUUAACUCCAGAUUUUCAUGCUAAUCUUGAAAAGAGCUGCCCCAAUUCGGAACCCCAAGGGGCCCGAAAUUGCGAGGCGAUGGAGUCUCCCAAUGCGGCGAAUGUGAUCACUGGCAAGAGUCUGUACAGAGACUCACUGCUUCCUCACUCUCUUCGCAGGACAGUUUCUCUCCCAGUUGAUGCUGUUGAUUUAUAAACUUGCAGAGGCACAAAGCAUGUAUUCUUUUCACAAAUUCCAUGCAUCAUGUAUGGCUACCAAGGCCAGGCCACUCCUUUCUUCAUCAAGGGAUGUGGCUUUCCAACAAACUGGGAUGAUAUGUAUUUAAAAAUUAAGGAAAACUAAUGAAAAAUGCUUGAAAACCGAGUA